AUGUACAUACACACACAUACAGACACACACGUACAUACACACACAGACACAUGUACACACACAUACAUGUACAUACACGCAAACACAUGUACAGAUACACACAUAUACAUACAAACAGACACCCCCCCCCCCAUAAAAAGUUGCAGUACUUCGUUGUUCACUCACAGAGCCGGGUACUGCACUCUAGGGGGAGGCAGAGAGCACAGCACACACUCCUCUUUGCUUUGCUUUCACUGCACUCAGCUAUUGAGCAGUCUGACGGCUCCCAGUGCCAAUGACAGCUCCGGCCUGAGCUCCAAGCCUGCUCAGCAAGACAACCCUGGGGGACACACUCGCCCCACCAUAAUUUCCACUUGCCAUUGGCGAGCAGGAGAGUGGAAAUUUCAAGCCCUGACUAUACCAUUGCGG